AAUUCCGUGAUAGUGUCUGUUAAAAAUGUCAAUUAUCCGAUAAGUUUAUUAGAGAGAUUAAUUAAAACAUAAAACCGGAAUCUCAUCCGGUUAUAAUACAGUGAAUUAAUUAUUACGAUAUUAAAUAAUUUGGAUAGGAAUAGGCGGUUACGUCGCCAUCUCUUGUUAAAUUAGAAUAUUUUAGAAUAAAUUAAUUUAUUUCUAAUGAUUAAACUUAACACGAGAUGACGGCUUAAUUGUUGAUUUACACAUGAAAUUACAGAGAUUUCAGUUAACGAUUAAGUAGAAUAUUAAAAUUAACCUCGGGCAGAAUCAAACGAGUUUUCGAGAACAAACAACUAUUCUUACAUAAUGCUGCCCAGUUGCUUUGUACUAAUAAGAAGUAGACAGUAUCAUUCGAAAACAAAUUAAUUGACAUUUUUUGGAUUUUCCUUGUACUAAAUUACGUUCAAUUGUUCGACGAAACACGUAGUUUUUACUACAUCCCGGAUAAAGUCCAUAAGUAACUUUUAAUAUACAAGUAUUCAAUCAGAUUAAUAAAACAGCAUUAUAAAAAAGUAACCUGAAGUAAUAAAAACUAAAUAUUGUGAAAAGAGAAAAUUCUAUUGUAGCAACAUUGUCGGUUUAAUUAGGAGGAGUGAGAGAUAUUUUGCUUGGUAUAUGACAAUUUGCAGAUAAUAAAAUUGAAUAUUUGUAUUGAAUAUCAAGGAUGAAGCCAGGUUCAAAAAAGUCUGUGGUUUGGAAAAUUUUUAAAAAGAAUGAAUUAAAAAAAACUACAAUGUGUUCUUUAUGUAAAAAAGAAAUUAAAUAUUUUAGAAAUACUAGCAAUCUUAAGAAACAUUUAAAAAGAAUGCAUCCUUUGCAAUUGCAAUUACAAGAUCAAUCUACAGUUUCAAGUUUAUCAGCUUCUGCAACUAAUUCAGCUUUAUCUUCAUCAUCUCUUCCAUCUAUUGUUAAUGUAUCAAGUAUUCCUGGUGAUUUUGGUCCUGCUCUUUCAGGUAAGAAGAAAAAACCUAAAAGGAAAGCAGACUCUAUUCUAUUUCCUUCUAAUCGUGGCCUCCAUUUAAGGCUGUAUGGUUCACAAACUAAACUCUCUGAAGUGAAUAGAAAAGAAAUCGAUAAUAAAUUAAUUAAAAUGAUAACACCAACCACUUUCAAGUGUUGAUGAUGAAGGUUUUAGAGAAUUCGUAAACAAACUGAAUCCUUUAUAUAUACUACUAAUCAAAAAGCCCUCUCAAACCACAUGUUGCCCAACUUAUAUUCAGAAUCCGUUAACAAUCUAAAAUCUAUUUUAAGUCAAGUGAAAAAUGUAGGAGUUACGACUGACAUAUGGACUUCUGUCAGUAAUCAAACAUACUUAACUGUGACUGCUCACUUUAUUCAUGAUGAUGAAAUGCAUGCUCGCGUGUUAUGCACUAGAAAACUUAUAAACACCCUUACGGCUGAAAAUAUUGGCAGCGUUUUAUCAACAAUAUUGAAAGAAUGGGAUGUAUUCGAUAAAGUUGUGACUGUAGUCUCAGACGACAAAGCCAAUAUAAAAAGUGCAAUAAUAGACUAUUUAAAAAAACAUCACCAUUCUUGUGUAGUCCACACCCUUAAUUUGAGUAUUAAUGAAGCAAUUAACUUAAUUACUGAAUUAAAUACUGUUAUUAAAAAAUGUAGAGGGCUAGUGAGAUAUUUUAAACAUAGUGUGCUAUUUAUAGAGAAACUUAAAAAAGUGCAAGUUCAAAUGGGUUACCCAAUUUUAAAAGUUAAACAAGAUGUGGCUACCUGUUGGAAUUCAUCAUUGAUAAUGAUCGAAAGACUUAUGGAAAUAAAAGAUGCUCUUUCAGUUGUCAUUACAGAUCUUCCGAAAGCACGUGACUUCCUAAAUGAGGAAGAAUGGAACAUCCUUAAAGACUGUGUUGCUAUAAUGAAACCUUUGCAACAUCUCACUACACUUUUAUCUGGUGAAAUGUAUCCCACAAUGUCUUCCGUUGUACCUUUGUUUAGAGGUCUACAUCAUUUAUUAAAAAAUAUUAAACCAGAAACUCCAGUGGGAGAGAAGUUAAAAAAUGAACUGAUAAUCACCAUCAGCCGACGUUUCGGAUUUCUCGAAACAAACAAAAUAGUUGCUAAGUCUACAUUUUUAGAUCCACGUUAUAAAAAGAUUGGUUUUGGCGUUCCAAAAAAUAGUGAUGAAGCCCAAACAUGGAUCAAUGAAGAAAUGUCUGAUCUAUUACGUGAAAGUGACAUUCAAAUUGUUAAAAAUCAAGAACAGAGCACUUCCACAAGAUCCUUUUCUACAAAUACUAACGCUGUUUGGGAAUAUUUUGAUGAUAAAGUGGCACAGGUAAAAUCUAAUUGCAAUCGUACCUCCAUAGGAAUCCUGAUGAUAAGGCAAUAUCUAGAAAUGACUUAUUUACAGAGAUCUAAAAACCCGUUGGAGUUUUGGAAAAAUCAUAAGCAAAUAUUUCCAGAAUUAUAUCAACUUGCCAUAAAAUAUCUAUGUAUACCAGGAACAUCAGUGCCUCCAGAAAGAGUUUUUUUUAAAAGAAAAACAACUGACUACUCUCCGAAGAAAGCGGCUAGCGCCAAAAAAUUUAGAUUUUAUCAUAUUCUUAAAUAGUAACCUGAACUUAAUUUCUUAAAUAGUAAUUGAUUCAAAAAUCGGAUCAGAAGUUAAACUUCAAGUAAAAUAUAACGCGGUUUUACAAACUUAAUAUUAGAUCAUAUUUAGUUAAAACUUUAAAAUGUGUAUAUGUUUCACUGUAAGUGUUAUUAAAAUAACUGUAGACUUAAAAUUCAAAUAUUCAAAAAUUUAUGAAUGAAUAUUUAUAUUUUCGUUUAGAUUUCGAAAUUUGUGAUACUUUGUUAUAUAUGUUUCUUUAUCGAAAAUUUAUG